CCAUUGCCGAGCCGAGCUCUCCCCACCUCCCCAUGGGCCUCUGCCGAAGAAGGUCGUUGUCUUCGGCGCCGGGUGGGCCGGUUUCGCCUCCGCUCACCACCUCAUCAAACAGGGUUUCGAUGUUACGCUUCUUGAAGCAGGGAUUGGGCCCGCCGAGGAGAUCGGUGUCAGAGGUUUUUGGUAUCCGUAUCGUAAUAUAUUCUCUGUUGUUGAUGAGCUUGGUGUUGAACCGUUCACUAAGUGGACUAAAGCGGCAUUUUACUCCCCAGAAGGCAUUGAGGUUGAGCUUCCUAUAUUUCAGGAUUUGCCUCGAUUACCGGCUCCUCUUGGUGCUCUUAUAUAUCCCCAAUUUCCUCGCCUUCCUUUGGUGGAUCGAUUGACUCCAAUUCCUCUUAUGGCUGCAGUCAUUGACUUUGACAACACUGACAUGGCUUGGAGGAAAUAUGAUGCAAUGACUUCAAGGGAACUAUUUAAACAAUUUGGUUGCUCUCGGCGGCUUUAUCAAGAAGUUUUUGGACCAGUAGUUCAGGUUGGCUUGUUUGCUCCAGGAGAGCAGUGUAGUGCAGCUGCAACCUUGGGGAUGCUGUAUUAUUACGUUCUCUCACAUCAGCAAAAUUUUGAUGUCGUAUGGUGUCGUGGGACAGUUGAAGAAAAGAUUUUGUCUCCGUGGCUCAAAUCACUGGAAUUAAAAGGCUUAAAGUUCCAUGGAAACAGAAAACCAACAGACUUUAUCAUAAACGAAGAGAGUGGAUGCAUUUCAGGGGUUGCAUGUGGGCAGGAGAUUCACAAGGCUGAUGCAUUUAUUUUAGCUGUUGGAGUCUCAGCUCUUCAGUCCAUAAUUACCAGCAGUCCUUUGCUACAGACACGGCAGGAAUUUAUGAAUGUUCUUAAAUUGGAUACCAUUGAUGUGGUCUCUGUUAAACUAUGGCUUGAUAGAAAGGUUAAAAUUCCGAAUGCAGCCAAUGUCUGCUAUGGCUUCGACGAUUCUGCUGGAUGGACUUUCUUUGAUCUCUCUUCAAUUUAUGAUGAUUAUGACAAUGAAGCAGCAACAGUUUUAGAGACCGAGAUUUACAAUGCCAGUCAAUUAUUGCCGCUAAAAGAUGAACAGAUUGUUGCAAAUGUUAUGCCAUAUCUAAGGAAAUGCAUACCAGAAUUCCAAGAGGCCGUUAUAGUGCAGCAAAUGGUUGUAAGAUGCCCCAUGUCUGCAACUCAUUUUUCUCCAGGUUCUUAUAGGUACAUGAUGCGAGGCUCGACUUCCUUCCCAAACUUGUUUAUGGCUGGUGAUUGGAUUGUUAAUCGACAUGGGUCCUGGUCCAAGGAAAAAGCCUAUGUGACUGGACUAGAAGCUGCUAAUAGGGUAGUGGAUUUUCUCGGUGAGGGUAACUUUGCCAAAAUAAUAGCAGUUGAGGAAGAUGAGCCUCAUAUUGAAGCACUACGAAAUUUCAACAGAAGAGCUAACGAGAUAAGAUCUCAGCUUCCACUGGCAAGACCUGCAAGAAAUGGAGUUUUAAUUAGGGUAUUUUUCAAGACAAGGUUUCUUCCGUAUAAAAUCAGGGAAGACUACACCAACCUGUUUGGCCCAGCUCUGAAGUACAAACAGUGUCCGAGUUCUUUAUUAGUUGAUUCUCUCUGUGGCAGAAUUGGAAGAAACAAAGAUCGAGAGAUGAUUCGACGACCUCGAUCGAGAAGACCGCGCCGGAAAUAGCCCCAAUCCCGGCCCCUCGGAACAUCCCGCUUUCGGUCGCUAAGCCGAUCAAAGCACCGGUGACGGCGCCGACAAAUGAGCCCACUGAACCCAAAUGAGAUAGCACAGAAACAAGCAUCAGCAUAUCAUUUAAUCAAAAUGGUACCCAGUGAUUCAGGAUCAAACAAGGAAAUUAUGCAUCAGAUGAUUACAGAAGCAGAGGUAUGUUAAAAAUCAAACAUUUGAUGCAAACAAAUAAAAAAAUAAAAGGCACUAAACUCAUCAAA